CAUUCAAGCAGGCCAUGAAAUAUUCUACUUUUCUCGCCAAGCCGUCAGAAUCCAGACCAAGUCACUUUUACUAAAAUCAGACUGAGGCGAACGGAUCCCCAUCCCACAGCACACAAAUUCAUCAACUCAUCUAUUCUGGCAUUAAGUUCAUCCAAAUUCAAUUGAUCAUGUCCGGUAAACACACUUGGCCGAAGGCUCCCACCUUCUUCUGGCAAUCCAAUCACCUGAAUCUCCUCCAAUCGUUGUGUGGUCCCGGGCGGAGUGGUGGCGGUCGCAGGACGCCGAAUGGCAACUGGCGGCGACGUGGACGCUUCCACCAAGAGAGUAAUGGUAACGAUUCCCAGCCACCACGGCAGUCAACUACCGUGGUGAGGCGGGGACGUUGGUGGGAGAGGUCUGGGCCAAAGUGCCUGCCAGGUCUGGGAGAGAUUCUGGUGCCUCGACGCAUUAAUCCCCCUCGCAACUCCAUGGCUAUCGUAGAUACCUUUAUCUCGCGUUUUUAUGGAAAAUAUUCCAAGGACGAUGGGACAGAGGACCAGGCUGGCGAGGAAGUGGAAUGCCGGGAGGGCAAGGGCAUCAAGUUCCCGAAACGAAAUCGACGGGAAGAAUCGCAAAAAGGAAAGUUGCAAACUUUUCAGGCGGAUCCGGUGGUUUUUGCCAUUAAAAAAUCGAUCGAAAAACAACUUUCCAAAUCCAAAGUAAAGGAUCCAUCAGGACCUACAGAGUGCGUAUCCAGUGAAGUUGACAAGUCACUCACCAAGAAGCCAUCUGACUCAGAAGUCGAGGAUCCAUCAAGACCACGGAAUGAGUUACUGUCCGAUUUGAGCAACUUGGAGCCUCCUAGGAUGCUUGAUAUGUACGCGGAGGUAUUUAAAUCGAAAAUUGAUGACCCUUAUGGAUCAUCAGAUUACACUUUUGGUGAGAAGGAAGUUUCGGGAGAAAAUCAUCCUGGCACUUUGAAGCGUCCUCGAACAAAGAAGCCGAUACUCAUUGAUGCAACUCCGAUAUCCAUUACCCUAUUAGAUGAUUCUCAAGGCGAGGUACGGAAAGAGCCUGGACUGGCUAUACUUAUGUCGAAAAAUCCUGAAGAUAGAACAACAUUAGAGUCACCAGAAAAUGAAGAACUGGCAGAAGAUCCAACUGAAAUGAAUUCAUUAGAAUCACUAGAUUCUUCAGACAUCAUACCAGAGAAGCUAAGGACUCCUGAUGCCAAAGCCGAUGAGACAAAUUCAAAUAAGGACGCUGAAAAGCCCAAAGCUUCUGACGGCGAUCCCAUUAAGAGUUUCUCUGAAGAACACCGUAAAGACGCUGAACAUCUGCUCCAGAGGAUGAAUGACAAGACUUUGGAUAUUAGGGGCAUCAUGGGUCUGACCAUUUCGGAUCAUUCUAUAUCCGUGAUGGGCGGUGCUCCCUCCCAAGCCCCUUUUUCAGGGAAAAAUGAGCAAGUCCCUGCCCAGAGAAGAAUCCCACCCAAGGCUUUGGCUGAGCAAGGCAGCAAUCUAGUGAGUGGAUCUAGGAAAGCUCCCACCGGGCCGAAGGAUCUUCAAAGCCGGCAUGCUGCUGGAAAAGCGGCAGGUCCUGGAGGGAAAAAACCUCUUGCAGGAGGAGCUGGUGCUGGAAAAGGACCUGCUAAGGGCCCUGCUGGAGCCGGAGGAAAACCACCAGGAGGAGCCGGAGGGAACCCACCAGGAGGAGCCGGAGGAAAACCGCCAGCAGCAGGCGGAAAAAAACCACCAGUAGCCGGAGGAAAACCACCAGCAGGGAAAGGCGGCAAAGGAUCAGGUACACGGGUCAUCACUCUGAUGCCCGGAGAUGGUAUCGGUCCGGAAAUAUCGAUGGCUGUGCUGCAGGUUCUUGAGGCUGCCAAAGUGCCCCUGAUCUUCGAGCCCGUCGAUGUCACCCCGGUGAUGGACAAAUUCGGACGGACCACGGUGCCCGAGGCAGUCGUCGAGAGCAUGAACCGCACCAAGGUGGGCCUAAAGGGUCCUCUAAUGACGCCCGUGGGUACCGGAUUCCGUUCCCUCAAUCUGACCCUGCGCCAGCUGUUCAACCUGUACGCCAACAUCCGUCCCUGCCGAUCUCUGCCGGGAGUGGAGACGGUUUACGGUGAUGUGGAUAUCAUAACUAUCCGCGAGAACACCGAGGGCGAGUACUCGGGCAUCGAGCACACCCUGGUCAACGGUGUGGUGCAGAGUAUCAAGCUGAUCACCCGGAAUGCCUCCCUCCGGGUGGCCGAGUACGCCUUCCAGUACGCCCUGGACAUGAAACGGAAGAAGGUGACUGCCGUCGGUGAGGAGAAUGCCAUGCGAAUGUCUGACGGGCUCUUCCUCCGUUGCGUCAAAGAAAUGUCCGAGAAGUACAAGUCCAAGCUGGAGUCGGCUGGCAUCGAGUUUGAGUUCUCGACCAUGACGACCGUGUGCCUCAACAUCGUCCAGAAUCCCAAGCGUUAUGAUGUUCUGGUGUUGCCCAAUCUUUACGGUGACAUUAUUUCCGAUACGUGUGCUGGUCUGAUAGGCGGGCUUGGCUUGACUCCGUCGGGAAAUAUUGGAACCGAGGGGGCCAUCUUUGAGUCUGUGCACGGAACCGCCCCGGACAUUGCUGGCAAGGACUUGGCCAAUCCCACAGCGCUUCUGCUAUCCACCUGCAUGUUGCUGCACUACGUCGGGAUGCCUGAUCAGGCGGAGAAAAUCAAGAAGUCCAUUUUGAAGACCCUGACGGAGGGCAACAUUCGCACCAAGGAUCUGGGCGGCAAUUCGAAGUGCUCCGAGUACACCAAGGAGCUGAUAAAGAAUCUCAAAUAGUGUAAGGAUGCUCCCAAAACUUUCCUUCAGUUUUAGUGUGUUAAUAAAGUUACUAGUUAUAUAGAA